UUCAAUUUAUGUCUUUUCUUUUAUAUUACAGGGGAUCGUUUGACAGACGAACGUGGGGCAAAACCUACUGAUAGGAUUGAGGGCUUCAUUUCAAAAAUAGAAGAUUUCCACAGGCUUAUGAAUUUUCUUGAAGCCAUCUGCACACUGACUUACAGCACAGAUUCGGGUAGGGAUAGAGGAUCAGUUUACUAUCUACGAAACAUGCUAAAUGCUAGAAAUGUGAAAGGAGACGUGCGGAAUCAGUAUCGAGCAUACAAACUCUUAUACUACACUGUUUUAGAUGCUAUGUGCUGCUUGCUUUUUCUGAAAGAACUUGGGCUCAAUGAUUUCGAAGAAAAUAUUCCUUUCCCUGAGAACUUUCAGCAAUUCUCACAGGAAGACAAGAUUGCAUGGAUAAAUGAGAUCUGUAGAUCUCUCUUAAGAAAGCAUUUCUUUGACUCCAGCAGUGAUAUUUUUUCACAGCUCAGGGAAAUUUUGGCCGAUGCAAACCACCCAGAGAACUACUGGACAUCACAGUUGAAAGAUAGCAGAGUAAAAUGCCAUUUCUGUGAAAAGACAUAUGCUUAUGUAGGGUCUCUCAAGGUGCACGAGGAGAAAAUUCAUAAUGCGGUGACUCCACAGAUCAAGGCCAAAAGAAAAUCAUCAACAGAAAAGGACGAAGUUCAAGGUUACUGUCUACAGGUCUUCAAGCUUUCAUUGUUACACAAAAAUCUUGACAGUGCUGUUGACAUGGCUGAUCGUGACAGAUCUGUGAAGUCAGCUAAAUAUGAACUGCCUGUCUACAAUUUGACAAAUAAAACAAAAUAUGCCAUUGGAUCCAUCCAUUUGAUUACACUACUGGAAAGUUCUAUUUUGAAUGAGGACCAAAAGCAAAGGCUUGUGGCCAACAGAUUCAUAAAUCUUGUUAAACAGAGAGACCAAAGACAUGUGUUCAGGAUUCCAGACAAAAGAAAGCAUUCUUGCACAUUCUAAAAAAUUUCCACACAUGAUCAAUUAUGUGAAUCACUAUGAUGAUUUCUGCUGUGUAUCAAAACGUAAAGGUUUUCACCACCUUCCUUCCUACAGUGAAGAUGUCAAGAAAGUGGCUUUAGAACUUGCAGAUAUAAAUGCAUUUUCCUCUUUACCUGGAAGAAAACUACAUUAAAUUACCCGUCUCGAAAUUUUCUUUGUACAUGUAGCACUGAGGGCCAGCAGAGAUGCGUGAGGAAAUAAAGCUCUUAUCUCGCCAAUGUAGGAAAACCAUUUGCGGAAGGCUUUCUUGUCUUCUUCUUUGUCUUCACCCCUGAUAAUAAAUACAAAAUUAUAUAUUUUUAUAUUGCUAUUGAUUACCAACUCAAUGAAGUCCUAGAACUAAACAAAUGGCAUCAA